GAAUAUUUGAGAUGGGACGCGCCUUGCAUGACGCGUCACGUUCAGCAUUAUACAAUCUUUCGUAUCCGAAAUAGCGUGAAUGAUCGCGAAGGUCGAUAAACCAUCUAUUUACGUUGCCACAACGCCUUGAAAUUUUAACCUCCAGACGUCUUUCUUUCCAUCUAUCCCACUACUGCAAUGCAUCAGUCUGCUAUCCCUCCCCCAUCCCUGCUCCCUUCCAGUUCCUCCUCGCUUAUCCUAAACGCAGCAUCCUUCCCUUCAGUGUGACAGAUCGCCGAUGAACGCACCACGUUGUGGCUUAACGUGCGGUGCCCCGGUUCAAACGGAUUCUUUUGUGCAUAUUCUAAUUUAUACCAAACAUAUACGAGGGGACGACAGCACAAUCUGGUUCAUUUCCGUGACCCAUAAAUAAACACCCCGCGUGACCGACGGAAUGAUUUAACGGCGCGAGCUAAUCGACUUCAUCCACGGAGAAGCCGUUUUUUGGGAUCUUAUCAGACUGAAUGAAGACAAGCGUGGGAAAGGAACGUUUUAUUAAAUAAAUGUGUGUGGUAAUCGGUAACGGUAGGCUGAGAAAUAUUCAAACAACGGUGUUGGUAUUUGCAGCAGAAUAUUGUUGCAUCUGAAUAUUAUUUACAAAUCUAGGGAAUGUAUUUUAAAUUAUCUUUAAUUCAUCCGCAUGUAACGCAGGCGCAUGAAUGAUGUAUUAUUAACAUAUUUUUGGUGAUCAUUAUUCGCUGUUAGACAUAUGCCUUGAUGUUUAACAGUUGGAAAUACAGACGCUUUAGCUAAAUAACAGAUGGCAUGAGACAUAACUAUAUCCGGUCAUAGUAAACACUUAUGAGCAUGCAACUUCAUAUGAAUUUAUUUAAAUGAGACAAAGACACAAACAUUAAAUCUAGUGCAUGAAGUUCAUUAAAAACCAAUAGGCAGCCUGCUAAAUAUACACUGGUAUUUUAUGUACAAUGCAAUGUGAAUUUCCUCAAAGCAUACGCUUAACAGGUCAUUCCUCUUCAUAACUAGCUGUGAGUCUAUAACCUCAAGUUGAAAUUGAUUCUGAGAGAUUUAUCCUCACGUUCACUCAUUUACAUAAGCAAUAACUCACAAAGCAAUAAAUAUCAUUUUGAGUAGAAGGGAAUAUCUGAAUGUAUGUUUGCAUGAAGCCAAAGACAUAGUUAUUAAGAUUCAUUUUACAUUUCAAACUCACUGUGGCAAACAUUACGUCACUUAAAAUUAGAUAUAUUUUUUCUCAGGUUAAAUCAGCCAGCUGAUGUUUAACAUAAACUUAUAACACAAAAAAAAUUCUUAUUUAAUGUCACUUGUCUUCCAUAACCUGCAUACAUUUCUCAUUCUAAAUCAAUCACAAACCUCAGCUCAAAAGUCUUCCACUCUUAAGAAAACUUUUAGUCAAUAUAUAAGUAUAUAUAUUUUAGAAAUCAGAUGAGACACUGAUCAGAAUAUUUUAUCACUAAAACGUGUAUUAAUAUCCAUUAUUAAGAAAGUACUUGCUAACAUAUAAAUAGGUCAAGAAAAACAGUUACUUCCUGAAACUUGGCAUCUCAGCUCUUUUUUCUUUCAUGGAGUAACUGAAUACUCUGUGCCUGGACUAACUGAACUGAUCGCCUGCACAGAGGGCCUCACAUCUCUGAUACUCCCUCUCUGGUCUCCUUUGCUCCUCAUCACAACACUCAUCUCCAACCAGACUAGAAGAAAAGGACAGAAGGAAACAUCAUCAGGGUCUGAACUAAGAGUGAAGCCCGCCAUCAUCUCCCUGUUUUCUACACGGUCAAGCUCAUCCUUUCUCAGAUCCAGAAGACGUAUUUCCUUCACAGAGCUCCUGUCUCGCUGUGGACUACGUGCCAAGACCUCCUGCUCUUCAGUUUAAGCCUGUGUUCUGUUUGUGUGUGUUUGUGUGUGUGUGAAAGACAGAGACAAGUCUCCGAAAGCAGCACCAAUCAUCUGUGAGGAUGUCUGCACUGCAGCUUCUGUGGGUCCCUGUGCUGUUGUGUUUAACACACGAGGUCAGAAUUACAAAAAGAGCAUUGGUUGAGAGCGAUGCAGAUGUCUCUGUGGAAACUGCAGGGUGAAGUGUGAGAGAGAGAUACUUGGAAUAUCAGCUUGGUUCUGCCAUGGGGCAUGUGUGGAGGUGGACUCCGACACAGAGGCAGUGUUGGGUCAAGGCUUCAAAUUAGGCUGCAUCUCCUGCAAGAUGAGAGGAGAAGUACCGGCCUCUGCUACAGUGGAGUGGAUGUUCAUGGCCAAAGGCGAGAGUGAAUUUACACAGAUCUACAUUUAUGCAGACUUGACAGGCACUAUAACGGACGACCGCUUCGAUGAACGCCUAGCAUGGAACGGCAGUAAAAAAACUGAAGAUGUGCAGGACGGCUCAAUUUACAUCCUUAACGUCACCUUCAAUGACACCGGCACCUAUCGAUGUUUCUUCGACCGCAUCCUUGUAUUCCCCAAUUACGAGUACCGCACCAAUGCCACCAAGUUUAUCUCCAUCAACGUAGUAGGCAAAGCUACACGAGGCAUGGCGUCCAUCUUAUCCGAGAUCAUGAUGUACGUGUCCAUUAUCGGUCUGCAGUUGUGGCUGUUGGUGGAGAUGGUCUACUGUUACAGGAAGAUCGCAGCAGCUGGAGAGGAAGCUCUGAGAGAGAGCGAGGCGGAAUAUUUAGCUAUAACCUCGGAGAGCAAAGAUAAUUGUGCAGGUGUUACGGUGGCAGAAUAAUGCAGGUCCAAAAAAAGUCUCAAGACAAAAGCUUGAUGCUCGGUCCAUCACAGCAUCACCAAUGGCCUCCUCCGUCACCCUCACUGGCUCUCUGUGAACGCGCAGGGCUGCUGUUUUGACCUUUGUGUACAACUGUGAUAGACCCGCCAUUCUAAACCAUCAGGGAAACACACAGUCACACAUUACAUAAAGGGAAAUGUUUUGUUUUAAGGCUCUAGAUGACAACUUUGAGGUUAACGAAUUAUUGAUGCAUUCAUUGGUUCAAGCAUGAAGCUGUAACACUGAACAGAACAUCACUUGUAUAUACGUGUUUGAUCUGUUAACAUCUCUUUGCUGUUUCCACAUAAUGAAAACUCCGCUGUGCAUGCGAUAAAACUGUCACAACAGUAUAUCUAUUGAGCUAGAGGUCAUCACAACAUAUUAAAAUGUGUAUAAUAAUCACUAGCAUAUUUACUGAGCCAGACACACACACCAA